CAUCUCCCCGCAUGUUUGGAGGCAGCAAAAAAUUUUACUCGCCGUAGGUGGCCUCGAAAGCGCGGACUCUGCCAAUGAAAGCGAAGCUGUUGGGAGGGCCGAAAGGUAACAGAAGCUUAUUGCGUCGACGUCACCAGUAACAUCGACGUCACCAGUAACAUCGCCGCCGCGGCGUGUACUAGCCACACCCACCGCUCGUCGCUACUCGAGAGCCUUCUUCCACCCCACCAAUUCUGCCUAGUCGGUUUGCCGCCACUCAGUGCAUCUGACCCUUCCUCCCUGUCUGAUUGGAAAAACUUAUCCGCACUACCGAGCCCCGCUUUUCACCAGGUUAUAACUACGCCCUUCCUCUCAGACCCUUCCCUUCUCCAUCUACACCUCACACAUUCAUCCACCCACCCACACCUCCAACUCACAACCACAGCUAGAACAAUGUCUACGACCUCAACAGCAGCAUCAUCCACCGCCGCCGUGGAAAAGCCCGUCAACCUCAACCACCUGGAGGCCGGCAACAACGAGGAGACCGACUCGCAGGACCAGCUCAGAGUCCAUCGAAUCGUCACCCACACCGACGACCCUGAUCUCAUCAAGAUCGGGUCCUCGUGGGUCUCUCGUAGGGAACUGAUGAUGGCCUUCGGUGGUACUCUUAAUCCUGGUUACUCUGCUCCUCCUUCGCGCAAGUUUGGUAACCCUGCCCCUCUGGGUUUGUGUGCGUUCGGCUUGACCACCUUCGUGCUUUGCAUGGCGAAUGUGCAGGUCCGUGGUGUCUCGAACCCAUCGACCUUCAUCGGUCUCGGAUACUUUUACGGCGGCAUCAUCCAGCUGCUAGCCGGCAUGUGGGAGAUGGCAAUCGAGAACACGUUCGGUGCCACCGCGCUCUCGUCCUUCGGUGGCUUCUGGCUUUCAUUCGCCGCGAUCGAGACCGACGCUUUCGGAAUCGUGUCUGCCUACGGCACCGACACUCAUGCGCUCAACACAAUGCUCGGAAUCUACCUCAUGGGCUGGUUCAUCUUCACCUUCGGCCUUGUGCUCUGCACCCUGCGCUCGACCGUCGCCUUCUUCGCGCUCUUCUUCACCCUUGACAUCUGCUUCAUGCUCCUCGGCAUUGGCAAGUUCUACCCCGACAACUCCGGCGUCACUAUCGCCGGUGGUGUCUUCGGUCUUAUGGCGGCCUUCCUUGCGUUCUACAACGCCUUUGCUGGUUUGGCCAACAACGAGAACUCGCUCAUCGUCAUCAAGCCUAUCGCCAUGCCCUGGAACCCCAUCCGCUAUGUGAAGAACAAGUCCACAUAAACAAGCAGACUUGACUUCCAAGCACACAUUAUCUGUCCUUUUCAAGCAUGUUUUUUGUUUCGUUUGUUUUGUUUUUCCUUUCUGAGAUCCCUAAGGAUGCUCCGCCAUCCCUAGAUCUGGCUUCAAAAUGUCUCUUUUCGUUUCGCGCGGGCGUGAAACUUCUUUGAACUGGAACUCAUAUUCCAAAGUAGAAAAAGUGUUUCAAAAACGUACCGCCCUUCUAAACCUGCGCAAUAAUCUGUUUGUUUUGUUUGGGUCCCGGUCUGGUUAUUG